CUGUUGGUUAGUGAAACAAAUGUUCAGAGUUGAUUCAGUGGAGGCUGAGCCCUCAUUCCGUUUAGCCAGGAGAGACGACAGACUGUGCUUCAUAAGCAGGACUACGGCCAUAAUUCCAUUCGCAGUGAGGACUUAAAAUUCAAAGGAUUUCUUAAUGCAACUGCAUUUGUUCUCCGUGGAUUGUAAACAGCAGGCUGUUGGUGUUACCUUUUCUUAUUUUUGCAAUGGCGUUUGAAAAAUCUUCUUGCGGAAAAUGGCGUUCGUAUUGCAGGUUUAUAUGGCCGUUUCUGCUGUUCCUUUGGUGUCUUAGUCACGUCGUGUCUGGCCAAAUCAGGUAUACGAUUCCGGAGGAGCUGAAACAUGGAUCACUUAUUGGUAACGUGGCUCAAGACCUAGGUUUGGAUGUGCAAAGGCUUCGUUCUGGCCGGGCACGUAUCGUGACCAGACAAAGCAUCCAGUACACUGAGCUGAAAUCAGACAAAGGCGUUUUAGUCGUGAACGAGAGAAUAGACCGAGAGCAGCUUUGUGGAGAUGUAACACCGUGUAGUUUCAGCUUUGAGGUGAUUUUAGAAAACCCUAUGGAAUUACAUCGAGUAACAGUGGAAAUAAUUGACAUAAAUGACAAUUCUCCGACGUUCAGAAAGAACGAAAUUAAAUUGGAAAUAAGCGAAUCUGCCACACUUGGAUCACGCGUUUUGCUACCCAGUGCCGAAGACGCAGAUGUGGGUAGCAACGGUCUACAGAAAUACAUCCUAACUACCAAUGACAUAUUUGGUUUGAAGCAGCACUCAAGUCCAGAUGGUCGAAAAUAUGCCGAAAUGAUCUUACAAAAACAAUUAGAUAGAGAAAGCAAGCCACGAAUAUCACUGAAACUCAUCGGUGUUGACGGUGGAACUCCCGCUAGAUCUGGUACAGUUAAUAUAGAUAUUACAGUGCUUGAUGCUAAUGAUAAUCCUCCCAUUUUUAACCAGUCUAUCUACAGGGCUUCUGUCUCGGAGAAUGCAUUAAAGGGCACCUAUAUCACGACCGUAAAUGCAAGUGAUGCAGACAGUGGAUCGAACGGUCUUAUCACAUAUAGAUUUUCAAAUAUGAAAGAGCAGCUGGCUGACAUAUUUCAUUUAGACGAAAUUACGGGGACCGUAACACUUGUAGGACAAGUAGAUUAUGAAAAAGAUAAAAAAUAUGAAAUUAUGAUUGAAGCUAUGGACCAAGGAGGUCUGACCGAUUCAAGUAAAGUGCUAAUUGAGAUUGUAGACGUCAACGAUAAUGCACCUGUCAUAAAUGUGAUGUCAUUCUCCAGCCCCGUGCCGGAGGAUUCUGCGUUGGGUACCACAGUGGCAAUAAUUAAUGUGAUUGACGCAGACUCAGAGCAAAAUGGCCAAAUUGUUUGUACAACAGACCAUAGCCUCCCAUUUAAAAUAAAAUCAACAUUAACUAAUUACUAUGCAUUAGUAACAGACUCACCUUUUGACAGAGAAGUUGUAUCGGAAUACGACAUAACUGUAAGAGCCACUGAUUCAGGAUCACCAUCCUUGUCAAGCACAACAAUAUUACGUCUGAGCGUAUCUGAUGUGAAUGACAAUGCCCCGUUAUUUGAUAAAAUUAGCUACGUUGCUCACGUUACAGAAAACAAUUCCCCUGGGGUGUCCAUAUUUUCCGUCAACGCACAGGACAUUGACUGGAAUCAAAACGCUCGAAUAUCGUACUUUCUCGAAGAAACACAGAUCAAUGGUAGUCCAACCUCUUCUUACGUCUCCAUAAACGCUGAAAGUGGAGCUAUCCAUGCAGUGCGCUCGUUUGACUAUGAACAGAUUAAAGAGCUUCAGCUGGUAGUCAAAGCGCAGGAUGGAGGCUCUCCUCCACUUAGUAGCAAUGUGACUGUGAAAAUACUGAUCCAGGACCAGAACGACAACCCUCCUCAGGUUCUGUACCCAGUCCAGACUGGAGGCUCUCUGGUGGCUGAAAUGGUUCCUCGUUCAGCAGAUGUGGGCUAUCUGGUCACUAAAGUGGUGGCUGUUGAUGUGGACUCUGGACAGAAUGCCUGGCUCUCCUAUAAACUGCAGAAAGCCACAGACAGGGCGUUGUUUGAAGUGGGCUUACAGAAUGGAGAAAUAAGAACUAUCCGCCAAGUCACUGAUAAAGAUGCUGUGAAACAAAGACUGACUGUUAUAGUGGAGGACAACGGGCAGCCCUCUCGUUCAGCUACAGUCAUUGUUAACGUGGCGGUGGCGGACAGCUUCCCUGAAGUGCUGUCUGAGUUCACUGACUUUACACACGACAAGGAGUACAAUGACAAUCUGACUUUUUACUUAGUGUUGGCUUUGGCUGUAGUUUCCUUCCUCUUCAUCACGUGUUUAGUGGUUAUUAUAUCAGUGAAAAUCUACAGAUGGAGACAGUCUCGCAUCCUGUAUCACUCCAAUCUCCCUGUGAUUCCAUAUUAUCCACCACGUUACUCAGACACUUUGGGGACAGGGACUCUCCAACACGUGUACAAUUACGAGGUGUGCAGGACGACUGACUCCAGAAAGAGUGACUGUAAGUUCGGCAGAGCUGGUAGUCAGAACGUGCUGAUAAUGGACCCCAGUUCUACAGGGACGAUGCAGCGGAUACAGAGUGAAAAGAACAUCUUGGAUGAACCAGACUCUCCUGUAGAGGUCAGUUAAAAAAUGUAGCUUUUU